UAGUGAUCACCACCCUCUUUUUUGUUGGUCUUUUUUUUUUUAGCAGCAGGUCUAAAUUCUAGAACCUUCACAUGUCAAAGCCUAACAUCCAUGUACCAUCCCCACCACCACCAGUUUCAUCAUCAUACCAGCUGAUACCUGUCAGUUCGAAUAGAUCUACUAUUACUCAUGAUCAUAUAGGAGAGUUCUUACAAGUCAAACAUGAGAUGAUGAAUCAUCGGAAUUCAAUCAUUUCUCAAAGUGAAGAUGAUGAACUUGAUAUUGAUGAUUAUGAUGAUACUGCUUCAUUAAUGGAAUCAACUCAAUUACAUAAACGAUAUUUCAGUUCUCCUUCGAUCUUGGAUAUUGAUCAUCAUGAAAUGGGCAAACUUCAACCUCAUGAUAAUGAUAAUGUAUUGACUUUUGAUGAUAAGUUAUAUUCUGAUAUUCGACAUGAAGAAAUUAAAUUUGAUGAAGGUACUGAUCUUGAAGAUGAGGGAGAGGGAGAAGAAGACGAUGAUGAUGAUAAGUAUCAACUUAGGAAAGUUUUAUCAACCUUGAUUAAUAUCCAUCAGGGUGUAUCAUCAAAAUUUGAAUUAAUGGAUCAUGAUGUUGAAGUACUUAAAUCUCAGAAUAAACUUGAUUUCGAUUAUUUAAACGGCUUAAUCACCAAAAGUAAUGAGUUAAAUAAUAGGAUAAAGUUUAUUAAUUCUCAAAUAUAUAAACCAGCUACUCCAUCCAUAUCGAAUAAAUCAAGUUUAUCGAAAGUGAAUAAAGAUAUCAUUACAUCAAGUAUAAUUCAAUCAACUUUGAAUGACAAUGAUUUACAAAUCUAUAAUCGAUUAACCUUAUCACCAAGGCCUAAACGAAGACUGAUAGGCAAGUAUAAUGGUAGACCCAUCAAAUUCAAAUCAGAACCAAUCAUGAAUAAAUCAUUAGUAUUCCACAAUAUCCCAACCUCAACCUCCGUCAUGAAAGUAGAAAACUCAGGCAUAAGCUCAACACCACCAGAUUCAAAAGUAUCUAACCCAUUCCAAACAACAACUGAAACUACAACCAUUAAUCAUAAUAACAAACAACAACCUAACGAAAUUCAAUUCACUUAUAUCAUAUUUUUUUCAAUUUUACUUUGCAUUUUAGUAAUUUACGGCUUUUAAUAAUAUUUAUUUAUUUCUCAUAUCUCAUUUAACUAAUUCUUAAUUCUUAAUUUAUUUAUUUAUAUACGGUUCCCAUA